CAGCAGCAGCAGCAACAGCAGCAGCAGCAACAGCAGCAGCAGCAGCGGGGAGGGCUGAACCGGAGGAGAAGACGGCCCUCCAAAUUUCCCGCAAGAGGCAGCUGGCUGCUGCUGCUGAUGCUGUUGAUGCUGCUGCUGCUGCUGCUCACGGAGACACUUUAUCCGCGAAGAGGCGUCGUACUGCAGCAGGCGCAGCCUCUACUGGCAGCAGCGAGCAGCAGGAGACGCCAGCCUGCAGCAGCAGCAACAGCAGCAGCAACAGCAGACCCAGCAGCCGCAGCUGCUUCAACAGCGACAACGCGAGCAGCAGCAGCAGCAGCAGCAACAACAACAACAGCAGCAACAGCAGCAACAGCAACAAGAGAAGGGCGCCAGCCAAAGCAUUUAUCGGGCCCAUCGACGGAGCGUCUCUCGUAGCGGCUGUCUCUGCAGCAGUUGCAAACCGACAUGCAGCAGCAGCAACAACAGCAGCAGGAACACGAGCAGUAGGAGAAGGAGCAGCAGCAACAGGAGCACACGCAGCAGCAGCAACGGCAGCAGCAUCAGAAAACGCAGUAGCAACAGCACCAGCAGGAGAAGCAACGACCGCGACGGCAACAGCAGGAACAACCCCACGAGCAACAGCAGCAGCAACAGCAGCAGCAGCAGCAGCAGCAGCAGCAACAGCAGCAGCAGCUGGGGAGCCACUCUUUAUUGCUGCUUCUUCUGUGCCCCGUGUUCGAUUUCUUCCUAAGCUACGCGGCUGCCGCCCUGUUGUUAAUCUCUCAAGGGGCCCCAGCGGUGCUGCUUUGGCGCGGCUGCUGCUGCAGGCGCAGCAGCAGCUAGCUGCCAAUCAGCAGCAGCAUCAGCAGCAGCAUCAGCAGCAACAGCAGCUGCAACAGCAGCAGCAACAAGGCACCUGCUCUUCCUCAAGAAACGUUGGAGCGCUUCUUCCUAUCCAGGAGAGGCCCCUGUCAGUGCCGCCAGCAGCAGCAGCAGCAGCAGCAGCAGGACUCCGUGGAGCAGCAGCUGUUGUGGCUGGAGCGAGCAGCAGCAGCAGCAGCAACAUGAACGGCUCUCACUCUGCAGCUGUGUCGUCUUAUGCAGACUAUCUGCGUCGUCUGCUGCAGGAGGAAGACAGCAACAACAGCAACAGCAGCAGCAGCAGCAGCAAGCAGCGCCCACGUUGCAGCCGGCUGUCGAUGAACUCCGUGCUGCGCCCUGUUAGUCAGCACUUAGCAGCAGUUUGUCGCUUCUUUCCUGCUGCAGUGGGGUGCUCAGUGAUGUCUCAUGCUGAGGUGUACAGACACCUCAGGAGUUGGUGGCAGCUAUAUAAAAGGCGGCUGCGGCAGCUCCGGCGUUUGCUGCAGCAGCAGGGGCCUCGGUUUGGGGUUUUCAGGGUGUACGUACACCGCAUGCAGCGUGUAGUAGGUGACAUGCGCUGCUGCUUCGAUAGCAUCUCUCACGCUGAUCUGCAGCAGCUCUUGCUGCUGCUGCAGCUGCCUUCAUUUACCCACCGUCUCCAAGUCUAUAGACGCAUUACUACUCCCGGUGCUAUCUAUGCAGUACCCCCUAAACACCCAGCAGCAGCAGCAGCAGCAGCAGCCCCACCACCACCAGCAGCAAGAGCAGCAGCACCGGCAGCACCAGCACCAGCAACAGCAGCAGCAGCCUCACCACCAGCAGCAGCAGCAAGAGCAGCAGCAUCACCAGCACCAGCAGCAGCACCAGCAGCAGCACCAGCAGCAGCAGCAUCACCAGCAGCAGCAGCAGCAGCAGCAGCAGGGGUGCGUGGUGGGUUGUGUAGUCUGACGGAGCGCUUAGGAGUCUCUUCGUUUGGUCUGCUCGAUGAAUUUUGCGUCCCUCCGCUGCAGCAGGGCCUCUCGCCUCUUCUCUCUACUCUGCUGCAGAGACACCCCACACACAAAAACAAAAAAGCUGCUGCUGCUGGUAAGCAGCAGCAAACGCUACGCACAAGCAAUACACGUGCAAACACUCGAACUCUAGAAGCUGCAGCAGCAGCAGCAGCAACAGCAACAACAAUCGGACCAGCAGCAGCAACGCCAGUAGCAGCGCCAGUAGCAGCUGGAGCAACAACAGCAGCAGCGCGAGUAGCAGCAGCAGAGCGAGAAGCAGCAGUUUCUGCAUGCAGCUCGGCAUUGUCUGUGGGUAGUGGAGGUGUGUCUCAUUGUUGCCUUCCUCCUGUUGGUUCUGUCUCUGCUGCAGCAGCUGCUGCAGCUGCUGCUGCUGCAGACGAAGAAGCGAAGAGGUGUGCAUACACCCCAACAACUUCGCUGUGCGUGCGCCGCUGGCUGCUGCGGGGGGCCUCAGCUGGAGGCUGCGCCUUCGUGGCUCCGCAGUGUACAGACACCCGAAUAGCAGCAGAAGAUGUGCGUUCAGCGCUGCUGCUGCUGCUGCAGCUGCACUGGGUGUUGCUGCCUGUGCGUAUGCGGCGCAGCACCACUACCACCAGCAACAGCAACAGCAUCAGCAGCAGCCAAGACCAGCAACACCAACAGCAACAGCAGCAGCAGCCGCAGCAGCAGCAGCAGCAGCAGGAUACCCCUGCACCCCCUGGGGUGUAUAGGCAGCUUCAAGGUAUCCCUCAGGGCUCAAACCUCUCUGCGCUUCUCUGCGCAUUUUUCUAUGGCCAGCGCGACAAACACCCGCGCGUGCGGCGUCUCCUUAGAGGGCAUCUGAAGCCCCCGCAGCUGCAGGUGUGGUGCUGCAGCAGCAACGCCUCAGCAGCAGCAGCAGCAGCAGCAAAAGCAGCAGAAGCAGCACCAGAUAGCCAGUCAAACCCGUCCAUGCACACACAAAGGCAGCAGCUGACGCAGAAACAGCAGCAGCAACAACUAGGAAUGCAGCAAUACCAGCAGCAGCAGAUGCAACAGGAACAGCAGCAACAACUAGACAGCCAGAAACACCAGCAGCACCAGCGCAAACAGCAACAGCCGCAGCAGCGACAGCAGCAGCAGCAGCAGCAACAGCAGCAGCAACAGCAGCAGCCAUCGCUGGAGUCCUUUGAGUUGCUGUGGGAGGCCCCAGGUGCAGCAGCAGCAGAGCGCGAGGGCCCUUCACCUCCCUGGUGUUUUGUCUUCUGCGACCCGCUGCUAUUGCAAAUCCGAGCACCAGACUGCAGCAGCAACAGACGCAGCAGCAGCAGCUGCAGUAGCAGCAGCAGCAGCAGCAGCUCAACUAGCAGCAACAGCAGCCACAGCCAGGCGAAAGCAGCUGCCGCAGGCAGCAGCAGCAACAGUAGUAGCAGCAGCAAAGGCAGCAAUAGCAGCAGCAGUAGCAGCAGCAGCAGCAGUUCUAGCGUUGCAGCAGUUUCUGCUGCUGCAUGUCCACCUUCACUCUCUGCUGUCUCUGAGUUUAAAGGAAAGAUAGAGGAGAGGUCAGCAGCAAAAGUGCCUCGCUGCUGCCGUUUGCUGCUGCUGCGGCUGCGGCGGCUGCAGCUGCCUCCGCUGCUGCUGCGGUGGGUAGAUGAUUUUAUAUUUGCUUCUCCGAGUGUCUCUGCAGCAGCAGAGUUUCUGCUGCUGCUGACGCAGCAGCAAGUGUGGGGCCCCAACGUAAAUGCGCGCAAGCUGAGGCUGGAGAUCGACUGCAGCUGGGGGCCCCAAGCCCAACGCCUGACUGCAGCACCUGCAGCAGCACCAGCAGCAGCAGCAGCAGUAGCAACAGCAACAGCAACAGCAACAGCAGCAGCAGCAGCAGGAGAUCCGGUAGACUCCAUAACGUCUGCAGCUGCAGCAGCACCACCGACCUCAGCAUUUUCAAGCCAAGAAGGCAAAGCAGCAGCAGCAACUACAGCAACUGCAGUAGCAGCAGCAGCAGCAGCAGGGCAUGGGCCCCAAACACCAGCACCAGCAGCAGCAGCAGCAGCAGCAGCAGCAGCAGCAGAAGGCAGCAAGGGUCUGUGCUGGGCCGGCAUGGAAUUAAUAAUUCCGUCGGCUGGCUGCAGGGUUGAAUGCCGAUCUUUAGGGUGGGGGGAGAAGAAAAUAAAUAAAAAUAGACAACUAAAUAAAAAUAAACAGAUACAUAAAACUAAACAAAUAUAUAAACAAAAAGAAAUCAAUACACAGACACAAACAAAACUAGAGAAGGAGACAGAGACAAACGAAGAAGAGACAGAGAAAAUGAAGAAAAAGGAGAAGCAAGAAACCACAAAGCAGCAGCAGAAGCAGAAGCAGACAGAGCAGCAGCAGCAGGAGGCAAAGCAGCAGCAGCGGGAGACAAAGCAGCAGCAGAAGCCGACAAAGCUGCAGCAGCAGGAGACGAAGCAGCAGCAGAAGCCGACAAAGCAGCAGCGGAAGCAGACGGACAAAGAGAAAGAAAAUAAAAAUAAUGAGGUUAAUAAUAAUGAGAUUAAUGAAGAAGAGACAAAUGAAAAGAAAGAGGAGACAGAAAAGAAGCAAAGAAAAGAAAAGAAGAAGGAGACACCUAAAGUUUCAAUGCGAGACGUUGCAGCAAUGCGGAAGAGAUCAGGCUGCGGCUUCAUGACUGUGCGCUCUCAAUUACUGCAGCAGCAGCAGCAGCAGCAGCAGUAG